AUGGGUAGCAGACGUCAUAAAAACAAACAAGGAGCUCCACCUUCUUACGAAGAGUUCCAAGCUAAAAAAUCUAAGAAAGAUCAAAAGAGAAAAAGAUCAGAAUCAGUAUCUGAACCUGCUAAACCAUCUAAAAAGAAACCUUCAAGAGAUGAACAAAGUGAGAAGAAACAAAACAGAUCCCAUAAGAAAUCACAUACAAGAGAACCAGAAUCAGAAGAUGAAAAGGAAAUCCUCAAGAGACAAUUGGAAGAAGAGAAAAACUUACCAGAAGUUGAUUUAGAAGAGUUAUCAUCUGCAAAGAAAUCUCUUUUCGAUGAAUCAGAAGAAGAAGAAGAAAUGGAUGAUGAAUUUGAUCUUGAUGGUGCUGAAGAUGCCGGGGAAGACGAUGAGUUUUAUGAUUCAGAUGAAGAAGGUUAUGAACGUCCUGUCUUUUCAGAUGACGAAGAGGAUAUGGAAACUUUAAACGCUGCCAACAUGGAAGCUUUAUCUGCUAAAUUGGAUGAAGAAGCUGCUUUAGAAGAACAAGAAGCUGAGGAAGAAUUAUUACAAACUAAUAUUGUUCAACCAAGAGCUAAAAUUCUACCAUCAACUGAAGAAGAAGAAGAACAAGAUCAAGGUCCAAAAGAUGUCACAAUUUUACGUACAAGAAUGAUUGAAAUUGUUAAAGUUUUAGAAGAUUUUAAGAAUUUAGCUGAAGAAGGAAAAUCAAGAGCAGAUUAUACAAAUAGAUUAAUGAAAGAUAUCUGUGAUUAUUUUGGAUACUCACCUUUCCUUGCUGAAAAAUUGUUCAAUCUAUUUUCACCAUCAGAAGCUAUGGAGUUUUUUGAAGCCAAUGAAAUUGCUAGACCUAUAACCAUCAGAACAAAUACAUUGAAGACAAGACGUCGUGAUUUAGCUCAAACUUUAGUCAACCGUGGUGUUAACUUACAACCAAUUGGUCCAUGGACCAAAGUUGGUUUACAAAUUUUUGAUUCUCAAGUUCCAAUUGGUGCUACUCCUGAAUACUUAGCUGGUCAUUAUAUUUUACAAGCUGCUUCAUCAUUUUUACCAUGUAUGGCCUUAGCUCCUCAAGAAAAUGAACGUGUCUUGGAUAUGGCUUCUGCUCCAGGUGGUAAAACUACUUAUCUUUCAGCAUUAAUGAAAAACACUGGUUGUAUAUUUGCCAAUGAUUCAAACAAGGCAAGAACAAAAUCUUUGAUUGCAAAUAUUCAUCGUUUAGGAUGUACAAACACUAUUGUUUGUAAUUAUGAUGCUCGUGAAUUUCCAAAAGUCAUUGGUGGGUUUGAUCGUGUUCUAUUGGAUGCUCCAUGUUCAGGUACUGGUGUUAUUGCAAAAGAUGAAUCUGUUAAAGUUUCCCGUACAGAAAAAGAUUUCAUUCAAAUUCCACAUUUACAAAAACAACUUUUAUUAUCAGCUAUUGAUUCAGUUGAUGCUCAUUCACCAACUGGUGGUUAUAUUGUGUACUCCACUUGUUCUGUCAUGGUUGAGGAAAAUGAAGCUGUUGUUGAUUAUGCCUUGCGUAAACGUCCAAACGUUAAAUUAGUUGAUACUGGUUUAGAAAUUGGUAAGGAAGGUUUCACAAGUUUCAGAGGUAAACAUUUCAACUCAAAAUUGAACUUGACAAGACGUUAUUAUCCACAUACUUAUAAUGUUGAUGGGUUUUACGUUGCUAAAUUGAAAAAGAUCGCUCCAUCUCCACAUGAUGUAAGUAAAGCUGGUGCAAAAGAAAAAGAAAACUUGGCUAGAGCUGAAGCUGAAGAAGAAGGUAUUAUCCAUGAUGACUUUGCCAACUUUGAUAACGCUGAGGAUGAAGAAUUGAUUGAGAAGACUAAAGCUCGUAACUUGAAGAAGAAGGGUAUAAAUCCACAUUCUAAAAAGGAAAAGAAAUAA